AUGGGUUACAUGACAAAUAUGUUUAUUUCUCGAGUAGAUGACAACCUAAUCUGUGGGAUAUGUACAGGAGUGUUUAAGAAACCAGUAGUGACGCAUUGCGGACAUACAUACUGUGAAGAAUGUAUCGAACUUUGGGUGACUGACGCGUGCGCUAAAAACGAGAAAACGUGCCCUGAAUGUCGGCAGGAAGUGAGUCUCCCUAGAACCGCGCCUGUGUUAGCGUUGAGAGGAGUGAUUGAAGGGCUUUCGGUCGAGUGCCAGAACUCUGCUAAUGGCUGUCAAAUGGUUUUGAGACUAGGUGAUAUGGAAAGCCAUUUAAAGACCUGUGGCUACACUCUCGUCAAGUGCUGCAGUUGUCUUGAAAUGAUUCCACAAAUUCAACUGCACCAGCACCAAAGCAAGUGUAAAGUUGGUCAUGAAAGCUCGUUCGAUAGUCAUCUUAAAACGGAAAUAGCGGUGUUGCAAAACGAAUUGGCCCAGACUAAGAAAGCCUUACAAAUAGCCGAGGAGACGAUCAAAAAACUUCAGCGCAACUUACGAGAUUUGAGAGUCAAAACACGAAUCAGGCCAAUCAGAGCAAACGAGGAACUUCAUCCGGCCUGGGAUUCGGAUUACGGUUACGGAUAUUCGCCUAGGAGUGUCAUCGAACUGGCUAGUUUUAUUUCCCGGUUUCUCUUCGAAAGACCUCCCUACGUAGACCCCCAACGAAUUUUCACUUGUCUGAAUCGUUGCUAUGACUACUAUCGUAAUUCCGCGGCAUUUUGGCAAGAUGUUCAUAUGCUUCUUGCGACAGCAGCUGCCAGCGAUUGGUUCACGGAUCAACAGCGGGAAGUGCUGAUUUCGUGGUUAAAAAACCUAGCACGAGAAAAACUUCUUAUUAUCUAA